CCGAUCUCGCCGGCAGUGAACUACAACAGCGAAAGGUGACAACGACCAGGGAAAGGUGCUGGCAGACGCUGUGGUUUGAAGCUUUGAACACUCCUGCCAUUACCAUACACUUCGAAGACAGGAGGAUAUCAGGAUUUUUUGGAGGGUAGCCUUGCCUCGUUGAGCUGGGCCUCCCUCAUCCCACCAUGCAUCUUAUAAAGGUUCCAUGCUCAUCGGCCAACAUUGGCCCGGGCUUCGAUGUCAUCGGCCUCGCCUUGUCAAUGUACCUCGAACUUCGCGUCAGUGUCGACGAAACCUCGCCGGCCGAUGCUUCCAACAAUCCACUGAACUGCACAGUGACCUACACCGGCGUGGGAGCGGAGGACAUUGACCUCAACCCGGCCAACAACCUCCUGACCCGGACGGCCUUGUACGUUCUCCGGUGCCACAACCAACGUGCCUUUCCUCCACAGACGCACGUCCACAUACACAACCCAAUCCCACUCGGCCGGGGUCUGGGAUCGUCCGGUGCCGCCGUCGUGGCCGGCGUCCUGCUUGGGAACGUCGUCGGCAAGCUCAACCUGUCUCAACCCCGCCUCCUCGACUUCUGCCUCAUGGUCGAGCGUCACCCGGACAAUGUCGCCGCCGCCCUGUAUGGUGGCUUCGUCGGCACGUACCUCAACGAGCUGGACCCGGACGAUAUGGCGCGCAAGGAGGUCCCCUUGUCGGAAGUCCUCCCUCAGCCGGCAGGCGGCGUCGACACGGGUCUCACGCCACCCAUCCCGCCCGAGAACAUCGGCCACUAUCGUCGAUUUGACUGGGCCAAGGAAAUCAAAGCUCUAGCCAUCAUCCCGGAUUUCGAGGUGAGCACGGCAAAGGCAAGAGAAGUGUUGCCCAAGUCGUAUACGAGGCAGGACAUGAUCUUCAACCUCCAGAGACUGGCACUUUUGACCACGGUGCUUUCCGACUCGCCGCCGAACCCCGACCUCAUCUACAGUGCGAUGCAGGACAAGAUCCACCAGCCGUACCGCAAGACCUUGAUCCCGGCCUUGCCCGCCAUUCUCUCGUCCAUGUCGCCCACUUCACACAAGGGUCUGCUGGGCAUAUGCCUGUCGGGAGCGGGCCCCACCAUCCUGGCCCUCGCCACGGAGAAUUUCGAUGCCAUCGCGGGUGUCAUUGUGCAACAUUUCAAAGACGAGGGCAUCACCUGCGAGUGGAAGGUCCUUGAGCCUGCCGAGGACGGUGCCACGAUAAGGGAAGUCCCCGGUGACGUCCCAGGCUAUCGAACAAGCCUCAAGACAGUAUGAACCUAGUAAUCUACACUCCAUAUGUUGGAUGACGGCGACACUGUACAUGCAUAGGGAACGAGGGGGCUAGGAUAUACCAAGGGCGCACAACGUUUUACAAAUUUAGGUGUGCAUUGUUUGAAACAUUAACGGCUAGCAUUGCAGUCUAGACACUAUUGGAAUGGUGCUACCUCAUUGAAGGUGUGACUUUGCUCUUAAUACAUGUCUCAAUGUAUCCCGCAUCCUCCAUUCUGUGUAUGAGACGCGCCUGACUUCCGUGCUAGUUCCACAAAUACUUUUUUGUUUUGGAAACCUUCCAUCAACUGAUCGAUCACCACAAUUCUAUGCUCCGCAUGCCAUUGGUCUCAUCAAAAUCUUGAAUUCGUGCACUACUGUCUCGAAAAGGUUGCUGCGUGUCAUCCGGAGAAACAAGCAUUUCAAUGUGCUUGCGAAACGUUUAGAAGCACUUGCGGUGGACGAUUGAAGGACCACUCUCGUCGUACUCUUGCUUGGAGAUCCACAUCUGCUGGAAGGUGGAAAGAGACGCCAGGAUAGAGCCACCGAUCCAGACGGAGUAUUUACGCUCGGGAGGUGCAAUGAUCUUGACCUUCAUGGAGGAUGGGGCAAGAGCAGUGAUUUCCUUCUGCAUUCGGUCGGAGAUACCAGGGUACAUGGUUGUACCGCCAGACUACACAAGAUUAGUAUGAAUAUAGAAUCGGGCUUCAGCGAAGCACUCAC